AGAUUUUGUAUUUUUUUUAUGAAUAAAAAAUUAGGGUAUUAAAUAAUAACAUUUAAUAAUAAGGGAAUAAUAUAGGAUUUUUGGUUUAAAAUUGAAAAUGUUGGUUUUGUUUGAAACACCUGCUGGCUAUGCAAUUUUUAAGUUGCUUGACGAGAAGAAGUUAUCACAAGUAGAUGAUCUCUUUAAAGAUUUUGAAACACCUGAACUAGCAAGUAAAAUUGUCAAAUUGAAGCACUUUAAGAAAUUUGAAGAUACGACAGAAGCAUUGUCAGCUGUCACCGCAUCAAUUGAAGGCAAGAUGUCUAAAUCAUUAAAAAAGAUAAUGAAAAAAGUAGCAUCUAAAGAAAUGCACGAAGAGCUUGCUGUCGCUGAUGCAAAAAUAGGAAAUUUAAUUAAGGAUAAAUUUGACAUAAACUGUGUUUGUUCUACUGCUGUUAAUGAACUAAUGAGAGGGAUUAGGACUCAAAUGAAUGGCCUAAUCACAGGCAUAACUGACAAAGAAUUUACUGCUAUGUCACUUGGUUUGGCGCACAGUUUAUCUCGCUAUAAGUUAAAGUUUAGUCCUGAUAAAGUUGAUACCAUGAUUGUCCAAGCUAUAUCCUUACUUGAUGAUUUGGAUAAAGAACUUAAUAACUAUAUUAUGAGAUGUAGAGAAUGGUACGGAUGGCAUUUUCCAGAGCUUGGAAAAAUUGUCACAGAUAAUUUAGCUUACGCCAAAACAGUUAAAGCUAUUGGAUUUAAAGUAAAGACUGCGAGUACAGAUCUUUCAAGUAUUCUUCCUGAGGAUGUAGAAGAUGAAGUAAAAGCUGCUGCUGAAAUAUCCAUGGGUACUGAUAUAUCUGAUGAAGAUAUUGAGAAUAUAACAUUUUUGUGUGAUCAAAUCAUACAGAUUGCUGAGUAUCGAAUGUCAUUAUAUGAUUAUUUAAAAAAUCGUAUGCAAGCAAUUGCUCCUAAUCUUACUAUAAUGGUAGGUGAGCUGGUUGGUGCAAGACUUAUAGCUCAUGCUGGUUCACUUCUAAAUUUAGCAAAGCAACCUGCAUCAACAGUUCAAAUAUUAGGUGCAGAAAAAGCACUAUUUAGAGCAUUGAAAACAAAGCAUGACACACCAAAAUAUGGCCUAAUUUAUCAUGCAACAUUAGUUGGUCAGUCUAAUACCAAGUUAAAGGGAAAGAUUUCCCGUAUGUUAGCAUCGAAAACUGCGUUGGCUAUAAGAUACGAUGCACUUGGAGAAGAUAUUAACUCUGAUAUGGGUAUUGAGAAUAGAGCUAAGCUUGAAUCUAGAUUGAAAUUUUUGGAAGAUGGUGGAAUGACUCGAAUUAGUGGAAGUGCAAAAGGAGUAAAGCAUAAAAAAGUUGAAGUCAUAAGUGAACCAAUUCCUGUCUAUGAUAAUAACAAUGACUCUUCACUUAAGCGUAAAAUUAAGACAGAAGUUAAAGUUGAAGAAAUAGAAGAAGAAACUCCAAAAAAGAAAAAGAAAAAGAAGGAUAAGAAAGUCCUAUCAGAAAAUGAGGAAAUCGUUGAAGAAGUAAAAGUCGAAAAGAAAAAGAAGAAAAAAAAAUCUAAGGUUGAGUCAGAUUAAAAAAUUAAAUCACAACAAACUUUUAUAUUAAUUGCUUGAAGCGAGUUGGUUGAUUGGUUGAAACUAUUCUGAUUUGCUUGAAGAACCAAUGGAUUUUUUAUUGUUGUACGAUGUACCAAACUGAAAAUAAUUUUGAUAUUUUGUUUAAGUUGGUCUCUUUCCAACCUGUUAUAAGAAAUACUGAUUAUUUGCCUAGAUUAUACUUGAUUUGUAUCAA